AUGGAAGCUCCCACAGUCCUCAACCGUUUAUCAAGGAUGCCGACGGACACACAGGCUUUUUUUAAUGACGGGCCGGCUGUGCUCAAAGAGCAUCAUCACCAACAACCUCUUGGUCUCGGUGUGUCUUUCUCCUCCCGUGUGCAUAACCAUGCUUCGUAUAUUGGAUCAAGGCCUCGAGACUCUGGUAUUGGGGUGCAGCCGGGUGCCAGGCCAGACGGACACGCUUCUUGUGAUGGAUACGGGAUGCGCAUCGCCCCCGGCCCGCCCGCCGGCUGCCGGCAGUGGCCUUCCCAAUAUGCACUCGGACUGAUGAAAGGAACGGCGAAGUUGGAUAGUGGCAGCGCAGAUCAGUUGAUUCUUGCCAGGUACACACACUCCAACUGUAAACCCUAUCCUUACACCUCAAAGAAGCUCAUCGCAAAACAUCCUCAGGCACGAUUGAUUCAAUACACCCAUCCACUCCUCGUGCUCUACAUAUCUUGGAUUUUCAGGUGCGGGACGUGUGUUGGCGAAGUUCACGCUGGCAUCAAAGUGUUCUGCUCCGCUGUCAUCCUACAAAACCCUAGCUCCGACUUCAACGAUCUUUUAUUCAUCGGACACCAUUUGCAAAAAGUCAUCAACAACAACAACAACAACAACCUCAGCACCACUAGCCAGAUCAUCCGCCCACUCUUCAGCUUCCCGAGCUUUGUCAACCUGCCCAAGAAUCUUCUCCCUCUGAUCUACCCCCUACAAAUUCCCUCCUUUGCUCUACAUAAAUAUUUACAUAACUCCGUGGCUAUGUGCAGCCCGGCUCUAUGUAUUUAUUGUCAUCAAAACCCAGCUCCGUUACAAUAA